UCCACAUGGCUUCUUGCAAAAAUCAAGAGGGCAAUCGACAAAAUUGCUUGUGGGUUCACGGACCUAUCAUUGUAGGUGCUGGACCCUCUGGGGUAGCAGUCUCAGCUUGCCUCAAGAACAAUGGUGUACCCUCUCUCAUUCUUGAAAGAAGUGACUGUAUAGCUUCUUUAUGGAAACAAAGAACAUACGAUCGUCUCAAACUCCACCUUCCCAAACAGUUCUGUGAACUUCCACUGUUUGGUUUCCCGGAAAAUUUCCCCAAGUACCCAACAAAACACCAGUUCAUAUCAUACAUGGAGUCAUAUGCUUCACACUUCAACAUCGAACCAAGCUUCGAACAAGUGGUGAAAAAGGCAGAGUUUGAUUCAACUAUUGGGUUUUGGAGGGUUCAAACUCAAGAUUGUGCGUACAUGUCCCGGUGGAUUAUCGUUGCCACCGGCGAAAAUGCCGAGCCGAUGAUACAGGAAAUUCCAGGGAUUGAGAGUUUUGAUGGGCCUGUGGUGCAUACAAGUGUGUAUACCACUGGUUCUGAUUUCAGAAAUCAGAGUGUUUUGGUGGUUGGUUGUGGGAAUUCUGGUAUGGAGGUUAGUUUGGACCUCUGUAAACACAAUGCAACCCCUCAUAUGGUGGUUAGAAGCACUGUGCAUAUCCUACCUAAGGAGAUGUUUGGCUUCUCAACUUUUGGAAUAGCAAUGGCACUUCUAAAAUGGCUACCUGUAAGACUAGUAGACAAGUUCCUCCUACUGAUAGCCAACUUCACCUUAGGAAACACAGACAGGUUCGGCCUCCGGCGUCCAAAAACCGGCCCAAUCGAGCUCAAAAAUACCACCGGAAAGACCCCGGUGAUUGACGUCGGAGCAUUCUCACAAAUAAAGUCUGGAAAAAUUAAGGUGAUGGAAGGUGUGAGAGAGAUAACCAGAAAUGGUGCCAAGUUCAUAGAUGGAAUAGAAAAAGAAUUUGAUUCUAUAAUCUUAGCAACUGGGUAUAAGAGCAAUGUGCCUUCUUGGCUCAAGGGAAGUGAUUUUUUCACAGAAGAAGGUUUGCCUAAAACAGAAAUUUCCAAGAGUUGGAAGGGAGAGAAUGGAUUGUAUACGGUUGGCUUCACAAGAAGAGGCUUACGUGGCAUUGCAUUAGAGUCCCUUAAAAUUGCCAGUGACAUUGCUGAUCAAUGGAGAACAAUCAAGGAUUGCAAGAGUCUGUAAUUCCCACAAUGUCCUUAUU